AUGAGUGAUAGUGUAGAGCUUCUAGAGUAUCUUUAUAAUUAUUAUAAAAGUGAGUCAUUUCAAAAAAGAAAUCGCUUUGGUGCAACACCACUUCAUAUAGCAUGCCAGUAUGCUUCAUCUGGUUUCAUUAUGAAAAUUGUUAAUUUUUUGGGAUAUAAAGUAUUACUAGAAGCUGAUUAUAGUGGUCGCUCUUCUCUUCAUUACUUAUGCAGUGGAUUGAUUGAUAAAUACUGCAUCACAGAAGUGUAUAAUAAGCUCACUGCGCCAUGUGAUAUACCUUUACUCAUGCAAAUUACUACAUUUAAUGUAGAGGGCCGUGAAGACUUAGUUCGUAGAUGUAUAGCAUUAAAUAUAAAUGUUACUAAACAGCACAAAAGAGUGAGACUUUUAUCUGUACUCUUCAAGAAGACAAGCAUUGUUAAUAAUUUCAAUAUAAAUGCUAUUACUACUAAUGGUCAAUCAUUAGUUCAUUUAGCAUGUACUAGUGGUAGUAUAUUGUUAGUGAAGGUAUUAGAGGAGUAUGGUAUUAAUACCAGUUCAUUAGAUUAUGAGGGUCAGUCUGCAGUACAUUAUGCUGCUUUAUCAGGUUCACCUACUCUACUUCAUUAUACUAUAUCUCAGUAUAACUUAAAUGCAAGUCAACCAGACUACAAAGGUGUAGUACCAUUAGCAUUAGCUUGUAUGUCAGGUAGUAUCAAUGCAGUAGAAUAUAUUAUCAAUACUACUGACAGUGAUAUCAAUCUAACCUGUAAUGAGGGUAGAACACCUCUUCAUUAUUCAUGUCGUCAUGAUAAUAAAAUGUGGGAUGUAUUGACUCAUAGUGCGUGGAGUGGUAACAUGAAGCUAGUCCAAUACCUCAUUAAUAAUCAUCAAUUGCCUCUAAUACCAUUUGCAUUGCUUCAAGCAGUAUGCAGUUCAUUAGCUAAGUUAUUAGUUAAUGAAUAUAAACUAGAUCCUCAAGUUGAAGAUAAUGAAGGUUUGAAAGCAGUUCAUUGUGCAGCUGAAGUUGGUGCUAUUGAUGUCUUAAAGUAUUUAGAAAAAGAUUGUGGAUGUGAUUUGGAUGUAGUAGGUGGUGUACACAACAUGAAUGUGUUCCAUUAUUCUACAGUUAAUGGUCAUUUUUCCUUUAUUAAAUAUAUUAUUAAUAAUUAUCCACAAUAUACUAGUCUAGUACAUUCUAUUAAUGAUAAUGAUGCUCCACCAGUUCAUUACGCCUGUGCUAGUGGUGUAUUGCAACUAGUGAUAUUUCUAGUUGAUGUAAUGAAUUGUGAUCUCACUACUGAAGAUAAGAAUAGCUAUACUUGUGUCACUUGGGCAUGUACCUCUGGUAAUCUAGAUCUCUUAAAAUUAUUAAUAAAACAAUACAAACUUAAUCCAAGAAUAUUUGGUGAAAUAUCAUCACUAGAAGCUGCUGUGGCAUAUGGAAAAGUUAAUAUACUAGAAUGGCUCAGACAAGAGUAUCAUAUUAAUAUAGUUGCAUUUAAAAAAGGUUUAUUACCUUUUCUUGCUGCACAAUACAACCGAACCUUCCAAUCAUUCGUUACCUCAACAGUAAAAACUGCAACAUUUCUACGUAUACUGGACAAUAAAGGGUUUAAUGUAAUGCACAUAUCAGCAAAAGUAGGGUCUUUGGAUAUAUUGAGGUUUUUCAUUGAUGGUCGUUACUGUAAUCCUGAUAUCACUGAUGCUUCUGGUCGUACUUCACUUUAUUUCUCAGCUCAAGAGGGUCACUUGGAAAUAGUAGAAUAUCUAUUGGAUAGUCCAAGCUACAAUAAACCACGUGUACAAUUAGUAGACAUGCCAGACAGCAAUGGUAACACAGCACUUCAUGCAGCAUGCAGCCAGGGUCAUCCUGAUAUAGUGUCUACUAUAGCAGGAGCUUACAAGUCUCUUAAUAUUGAUAUUUAUUCAAUUAAUGAGAAGAGACAGACUCCAUUACACCUAGCAGCAGCUAAUGGCCACGUUAAUACAGUUGUGUCUCUGUUAUCAGCCAUUACUG